ACCCAAUGAAAUAACCAGUGAAAUCGACUCCUUAAUAAAUGGGUCCCGAUGCGCUCACCAGCCAGUCUUGCUCAACACAUCAGACAGCUAACAAGCCGUUUCAUAAUCUCCUUGCUGCCCCACCUGCUGUGCCACCGCAUGUGAUAUGUCAAGAUGGUGUCGGUAUUAACGCCACUGUUCAUCCUCGUUUUCAUUGCCAUCUUGACUAUGGCACAGUUGAAGGCACCAAAGAUGGAGAGUGAAUCGCUGUCAUUAGCAAAUGAGGUGGUGGAAGCUGUGAUGUCAAGAGUGUCUAUGCUCCACUGCACCGUCCUUUUCUUCACAGAUGCCACCACGUCGUCUACCACUUUCUUCAAUGUGAUCAAUCACCUGCGGGCAUCAAGGGGAGUUGGGGUAUUCGAGGCAGCAUCGAAUGGACAUGAUAAGAACAAGACUCUCUUCCGAUUGAUGAGCGAGGCUCGGCGGCUGCGCCAGAUAUCGCUGUGUGUGACAGUGGCGGUGGUGAGCGACGACUCAGCCUUUCUCGCCGCCUUCGCUGAGUGGUCCCUCAAGGGCCGCCUCCUGCAGUGGUCGACGAGGCUCCUCGCCGUCACUCGCCUGCCUCUCUCUGAUCUCCACCACCUACACGAAUUUUUCUCCAUAAAUAAUGCCAUGUUGCUCAUCAUGGAGAACAACUUCGGAAAACUAAAAUGCGGAGUGUACGUUCAUAUGCCGUACAGACAUAAACCUCCAGUGAUACGGGUCGCUUCCUGGACUCCCGAAAAACAUUUAAAAAUCAGUGGUUACAUCCCACUUUUUCCAGAAAAAUUUUACAAGCAAGUAUUUACAAUAUUAUUACAAUUAAGUUAUUUUUCUAAUCAUAAACAUUCGGCUUCAAUUACAACAUAUUAUGACCUCUCUAUCGUCGUUCUGAAUACAAAAUACAGUUCUUUAUAUUUAGAGUUUAUUUGUACUUAUUUCAUCUGA